GUUGUUGGGUGCUUUUACCUGCAGCGUAGUCUGCUCCGGUAUCACAGCCUGUUUGCAUUUGCAGACCGAUGAGUGUGAAUGUGAAGCCUUGGAAAGCUUUCAACGACGCAGGUCUUUUUUCGUAGUGAAGAUGGCAUACUGGUGCAAUCGGCUGGCUUUCUACCUCUACUGUGUCUCUAUGCCCUUGAUGGGCCCGGUCUACAAUCCUUCCCCCCCUCCAGCCAUCCCGGGUUUAAAGCACGUGGCGCUCGGAUACCACAUGCUGAUCGUUGGGGGCAUGGCAGCAAUUCUGGACAUAUUCUUUGCAGUCAGAGAGUGCGUCAUGAAACCAACAGUUCCGGCGGAUGAUGAUGAAGAGCUGAGCGAGCUUGAUGUGGAGGAGGUAAAUCAGAGCAUGGAUUCGAUGGGAAAUCGGGCCGUACUGAUGGUUGGUUUCAUCCAGCAUGCUAGCGCUCGCUUCAUCGGGUUGCAGCACGCUCCCGAUGGACACGAAUACGAGCUUUACCUGAACCAUGUGUUUCCCCUGAUGGUUUCUUUGGGCUGCGUGUGCUUGCAAGCAGUGGUCUAUAUCACCUUUAUGAGCACCACUCAACUCCGAACAGGCCCUGUGUCCAGAUCGACCACGCGCUGCCUUUUCGCGUUGUUCCGAAUCAGUGAUUUCCUCUUCAAACUCGGUGUCUUCGUGGUCUUGUCUGGCGCCAGCCUAACGGGCUGGGGCUGCUCCUGCCCCUGCUGCGCUGGUGCUGACUAUGGCACCGCCGUUGGACCCUGCGCUGCGUCGCUGGUGCCGGAUGGAGCCUGCUACACGCGGGUGGCAUAUGUGCCCAUGACUUGUUGCUUCGCCAGUAUCCUUGUCAUUGCCUUCUUCCUUUGCUGGAGCCGUUGUGCCGCCAGCCAUUCCAACGGCGAGGACGACGAAGACCGAGGCGAUCUGGCGGUGGCCUUGGAUUCCUUGGGAACGGUGGGGACCCUGGCGGCGGGCUUCGUGAUGUAUAACAUCACCACCUUCAACACGGAUGUGAUCAGAGGCCCAUUUCCAGCCGAAGACCGACCUUUGUUUGGCCUGACCAACUGGGGUUUUCUCUUUCUGUGGGCCAACUGGCUGGCCUUCAGUAUGGGGUUAGCUGUCGUCGCCUGCGUUCAAAUCAUCAACGGUCGUGCCAAUGCCCUGGAGCCGGCCGGGCGGAAGCAGUAUUUGGCAGCCGUGGAAUCCAUGCUGCUGCCCAUUGAAUUUACGACUCUCGUUAGUUUGGUCUCCUUUGUCCUAGCCUUCGGCCUGCUGGGCAUCGCCAAGAUGUUGCCUCCUCGUCUUGAGGGCUUCAUUGCCAGCUCCAUGCUGUUGGUGGUGCUGGCACGCCAGUUGCAGAAGAUUUGGGGCAUGCAACAUGUGGCCAGCAGCCGGGCAAACAACUCGAGCAGCUCCAUCAGAGUUCCGCCAGGGCCAUGUGUGGCAGUGUUGCAGGGGAAGUUGGAUGCCAUUACAGGGCCCUCUAUGAUGUUCGGUGGCUUCGCAUACAACGGCAUCAGCUUCCUAUUCCGCUCUGGGGCUGUCUUGGGGCCCACCUAUGUGGUAGGCAUGGCAGCCAGUUUCUGUUCCGCCCUGUACCUCACCUUCACCAGUGCCAUCAUCGACUUCAAUCUGGCACGCCUCAGUCCCAAGGCCAAGGAAGGCUUUGCCGCAAUGCUUGGAGAGACCCUGAUCUAUGCGCGCAGGAGCUAUGCGCUGUGCCUGGCAAUGUUCAUGAUGGCCUUUACGGUCAUGGGUUACAUCAAGUUAUGGGACUAUGGCUCCCCGCUGUCGGAACAAGGGCCCCUGGGCUGGAAGUAUGGCAUCCUCCAACUCAUUGGUGGCCUCCUGGGGCUGCUAAGUCUGUGGAGGUUGCGGCACACCAUCCGCCUGGAAGCCUCCAGACUCAACGAGGCGCCCAAGGAGGGCGAAGGGGCCAUGGGGUCCCAGGGCCCUAGCCUCUGCAAGGUGAGACAAAUGUUGGCUCAUGCCAAAUUGGGAUCAUCCUCCACAGCUUUUCAGGUGGGGAACGUCUUUUAUGAGGUUCUCUUCUCCGGCGUCAAUCUGCAUGACCCUGCCGCCAAUUUCGCGUACUUUGGCUUUGCAGUCACUACCCUGGUGUUGGGAAGCAUUGCUCUGAUGAUUUCCUGUGAGCUCUUCUUUUCCAUUGAGGAGCUCUCUGAUGGCUUGAAGUGCGUGCUGGCUGAGCGAUUGACCAUCCACUUCCGUCUCAUUCGCAUCCUCUACAUGGCUUCGUUGAUCUCGUGGUUGUGUUCCAUGUUCUUCUCCUCCGAGGUGAAGUAUCCAGAGCUUUGGUGGGCUUCCUUCUCUUGGAGCUGCUGUGGUCUCGUGGUCUUAACAGGGGCCUGUGUCUGGAUGCGUUCAGCGAUGGGUUUUUUCUCCUUCAGCGAAAUGCGGAGUGACAGCAGCCUGGAAGAAGCCAGUGAUGACAGCUGACUUCGGGGCCGCUUUUUCAACGGCCCAACUUGGCAAGUUGAUUCAUGUCUAGGGCCUAGGGGUCAACGUGGAUCAACUAAUAAAGAUAUGGCCAAAGGAAAUGUGGCCAUUGUUGCUAAACCGCUAAACCAAUUUGAUCAACGUGAUCCAAUUUGCACAUAGGCCAAAGCAUGCCUGAAUAAAGCAAAAACCGGAGGAGUUUUAAAGGGAGCCAUACACAAGGCAUGGACUUCUGAUGCUGAGCUUGAAAGGUGC